AUGCCUGAAGGAACAAAGAAUUUAAAACUGCGCGAUGUUUGGCGAACAUGCAACAAAAUUCGGGCUGCCAUAUUUCGGGUUGGGCUCAAUCUUUGGGACUAUUACAAACCUUUGGAUCCCAACAACAAUAGCCUCCUCUCAGAAUCAAAAUUUGUCUCGGUUCUGACAGGGCCUCUUCGAGGUCCUAUCGGUCUGUCGGAUCAGGAAAUUGGCGACUUGGCUGACUAUUUCAGGGUUCAGGACGGAAGGAUCCUGUACACACAGUUUUGUCAAGUUAUUCACGACAGUGUUCCUGAAUUCGGAAAAAAUAAGUCACUAGUGACGGGGUUAGAAUGGGAAGAUCCAUUGCAUGUAAACCGACUCAGUCACACCGAACACAGGAGGUUGUCUCUCAUCAUCACACAAAUCGCAGUUCUCAUCAACAAACGGAAACUGAUCCUGCGACCUUACUUCCAAGACUACGAAUUGGUAUCAAAAAAUUCUGGAACAGUGACCUUCGCCCAUUUUGCAAGAGUCCUAAACUUUCUGGGCAUCGUGCUGGCUGCCGAUGAAUUUAAUUUAUUAGUAAAGAGAUUUGUGAAGGACAGUUACACCGUGAAUUAUGUAGCUUUUGUCAAGGCAGUAGAGGAUGCUCAGAACUACAUGGAUCAGCACGGGAUGUUGGAUUUGGGUGGUAAUUUGCUGGAUCAAUUUCCUGGAAGAAUUAUCACUGCAGAACUGCCAAAAUUGCCAAGGCCAGAGAUAGGUCGGGUAUUACCAAGUGAAGUGUUUGAACGGCAAUCUGUAUUUCAUCCAGUAAUGGAAAAACGUAAAGAGUUAAUGCCACUCAGGGAAGUCUUGCAAAGGGUUCAACGCCACGUAUUGGAGCACCGCAUUCGUGUAAACGAAUUUUUCAGGGAUUUCGAUCCCUUGAACUGUGGACGGGUAACAGUAUCACAAUUCCGAAGGGCUCUUGAUGGAAUGCAAAUAUCAGCUGUGGCCCGCCUGUACUUGGCCGAACCAGAAAUCGAAAGCAUUAUUGCGUUCUAUACCGACUGCAAUGAUCCUGAAAGAAUUAAUUGGCGGACCUUCGAAGAUGACUUAGACCAAGUGUUCACUGUCAAAGAACUGGAUAAGCUUCCAACGUUGCGCAUCGAUCCCCCUCCCACUGAGAUAGCUGAAUUGUGCAAAAGAGGACAAAAGGAUUGGCAACGCGAGAAACCGUCUACGCGAGAAUUAUGCGAAGCAGCUCUGCACCGCGUGAGGCGUCGAAUCGAAGAGAGAGGAAUCCUUUUGAAGCAGUUUUUCAAAGCUUACGAUGCGCAUAAUCACGGCCACGUAACGAGGAGUCAACUUCGGCAGACCAUGACUACUGCUUGUAUUCUGUUGUCCCGGGAGGAGGUGUACGCUUUGGAGCAGCGCUACAACGAUGAGCUGGGUUUCAACUAUGCCUGGUUCAUCGAAGAAAUGGAAGCACUGCCCAAGGAAGUGCCACUGUACUAUGCGAUGCUGGAGGAGAAAAAGUUGAUUAAUGCCGAGAAGUCACCGCCAAAUCCGACCAGCGACGAGAGCAAUAUCGUACUUAUCCUUGCCAAGAUCAAGGCCAAAAUUGUUCGGGAACGAAUCGGGGUCUUAGAAUUCUUGACACCGUUUGAUCCACGCAGAGAGUUGAUUAUAGGAAGAGCAGAUUUUAUUCGAGGAUUGGAUCAGCUGCGUUGCAAUUUAAGUUGCCGAGAGAUUGAGACUAUCUUUGAAGUGUUUAAAGCACCUCUCAGACCACAAUUUAUCGAAUACGCGAGAUUUGCUGAAGCGGUCGAAGAGGCUUUAGCCACUGGAUCUCUCGAACGAGCUCCACUUUUGGUGCCCGUGCAACACUUGCCAUCGACCGCGUGCACGAGAACGUUCCUCAACUUCGAAGAGCGUCGGGUACUUGCGCAAGCGAUGGACAAGUUGUGUACGCAGAAGAAUAUGAAUAUGGAGGAACUAUUUGCGGACUUUGACAAGGAAAACAUCGGAUCUGUGUCUCUGGAUUGCUUGACGAAGGCUUUGUCGACGAGAAACAUGCUACACAUUGUGAGCAGUGUUGAACUCGAAACAGUAUAUAAAUGCUUCGGCAUCGAACGCGGUGGACGCUUGGAGUUUGAUUACCGAGCGUUCUUGAGGGCAUUGUACUUGUUACAAGAGAAUAAAAGAACCAAUCCGAUAUAA